AUGAUUCUUACAAACCCAGUAUUUUGGCUGGCAGCUCUAGGGCUACACUAUGCCAAUGCCCAUCCUGGUACCCUAGCUCUUGAGAAGCGCGCCCAACCCAUAGAUGCCAAAAUUAUCCAUGUCUUCAACAGCGGCAAGAUGUGUCCUUCUGGAACUCAACUGGGCCAGGCAAACAUGAGCAACAACGUUGGGACCGUGAAUGUAAAAUGCUCUUAUGAAAGCCACAGUUACGACGCUACAAUCGCUCUCUACCCGGGCAGACUCACGGGAAAUUGCUGCUACGUUCCAGAUCAAGAUGUGUUCCUCUUUGUCCAGGAUCAGCGAACCGAGCCACUGACAAACUUCGAGCUUGACAGCGCUCAAUGCUGUAACGAGGCCUCAGGUGAAACACCAACUGCCUUUAUAAGGGAAACCCCGGGCGCCAGGUGCUCUUAUGGAUCGCUUUCUCACAGCUUCCCAUCCGAUUUUAACCAAGACUUGGUGACCAAAUGCUGCUGGUCCGCGAAGAAGAAUGAGUGGACUGUCCAUCUUACCGAGCGACAGAAGCACAAAUACUUUUCCGUUCCUCUUACCCAAAAGAUCAAGACUAUGGACAUUGAGCGCGCAGACUUUUACAAGUCCUACAUGGAACUUACUGUGUCCGUUACAUGGGCUAUUCCGGUUGUUGGAGGGUCAAAAACGAACCGUCAAACCAUUAGAUUUGAUUACGGUAAAGACAUUAGCAACAAUUCAAUAACCAGAGUUGAGCACCAUCUUGGAUGGUAUGCUGUGACCACCACAACUAAAAUUGGCGCCGAUGGUACGCCAGAAUUCCUUCUCCACUGGGACUCGUGGCUCUUUGCUAUUGACAUUGGACGGCAUGUCUCUACUGAGAAGGGAACAAACAAGAUCGAUAUACCUGCCAAUAGUCAGGGGGAGAUCAAGCAAUUCCUUCUCGAGAAAGCCACCGUUUGCUAA